UAGCCCCAAUAUUGGCACAAACAAGCCCUUCCUUCCCGACAUUCGUGCGAUUUUUCGCCCCCGAUUGUGAGCUUGGUGAAAAACGUAAAUUGAAUAAAAAAUAAAAAAAUCACAAAAAACAAAAUAGCCGCCAGAACAGUGAGCGAGUCAUAAAAUAAACAUUCGAGGCUAAUCAGAUGGCCGGCCGGUCGGAGCGUUAAUUAGGCUUUCGAAAAGGGAGACAAAACAAGUGCUAUAACUGUAAGGGAUCCAAUCACAUCCCAAAAAAUACAAUCAACAAAAAAAACCUAAACAAUGCUUUUGAGCCGACAUCGAUGUUGGCCGAAACAAAAGAAGAAACAAAGUGCAAAAUAACAUUUUUUAAGUAAUUUUAAAAAAAUAAUUUUACUUGCCACACGAACUUAAGCAACAUGCAUCUUAGCAACAUAAGUCUCAGCAACAUGAUGCUAAUCAUCGGCGGCAUGUUGCUACUGGCAUCGAGUUUAACCGCAAAAGCCUAUCACGAAUGCACCAGCGUCGAUAUCCGUAACAAUUGCAGCAGACUGCAUCAACUGGACAAUUGUACGGUAGUCACCGGUUACGUAAUGAUCACCCUCAUCACCAACCCCGAGGAAAACUGUUCGUACAGUAACUAUACGUUCCCGCUGCUCACAGAAAUCACCGAAUACAUGAUCUUCACGGAGGUCCGCGGUCUAACCAAUAUAACGUCAAUGUUCCCCCACUUGACAGUCAUUCGAGGUCGCAGACUAUUCCUCAAUUAUGCACUUGGAGUGACCAGCAUGCCCGACCUCGAACUGUUAGCUUUUCCGGAAUUGGUAGCUAUUCAACGGGGCCACGUCUACAUCGGCAACUGCCCCAAGCUUUGCCACAUAGACGGGGUGAACUGGGAUUUGCUCACUCUCAGCCCAGGUGAGAACCACAUCAUGGCUGUGUCGAGCAACUGCAGCCAGCCCACUUGUAGGGGUUGUGCCUCCACCACCUGCUGGUCCGACCAGCACUGUCACCGUUCCAUCAAUGACAACGUUGCCAACUACUCAGGAAAUAUCGACACUUGCCAUGAGGAGUGCUUAGGGGGCUGCUCAAGCAAAUCGAAAUCUCCGUUGGAGUGUACGGUAUGCCGAGGACUCAGCAAUGCCGGAGUCUGUGUGAAAACAUGUCCGGCUGGCAAAUACGUCCAUGAGGACCAUCUGCGAUGCUACACCAAAGAGCAGUGUCUGGCGAAGCAGGAUCAUGUCAUCUACGCCUCCCAGUGCGUGCCAUUCUGCCCCAGUGGAUACAAGGUCAACAACGAAUCCGAAUGUAUCGCUUGCGAUCCCGAUGAGCCUUGCGUCAGUUUCUGCAACCCCACGAUAGGGGACACCUUCAAUAUAUACAGCCUGGGUGAAGCGGAAAAGUUGCGCGGAUGCCAGAUCUUCAACGGCAGUGUUGUAUUCACAAUCCGCAAUCUAAUAAAUGAAUCCCAGUUGAUUCACAGUUUUAACAGUAUUCGAGAGAUUCGGGGAUACCUCAAAGUCUUCCGGUCCUCCCAACUAACAAGCCUGAAAUUUCUUAGCAAUCUGGAGCGGAUUCAUGGUGAUCCCAUGGAGAAUAAUUAUUUUUCUAUUAUACUUUAUGACAACAAGAAGCUGUCUGAACUCUGGAAGCCCACCCAGCAGCUAGAGCUUAUGAGGGGUGGCAUGUACAUUCAUCGGAAUAACAAAUUGUGUAACCCACGGAUACGGGGAUUCCAGAAUUGGGUGACCCACGACAGGGGCUUGGAUUCGUUGCAAACCAGCGAUCAGGAAGUCAUGUGCAGCCCGGCAAAGAUGCAAUUAUUGGUGCUGAAAUGCACCCACAAAUCAGUAUUACUAAGUUGGCUAAAGUCCCAGACUAGCCAAAAAGUCGAGUUCAUUUAUCGACCGAUGGCGCCUGGAAUGUUGUACCACGACGAAAGUGAACUGGAGGCUCCUGUGUGCACCCGGAUUAACUGGAAACGCCGCCUGCUCUUCCGCGACGAACUAAUCGGAAACGGAACACAUUAUGAGAUCCUUUUAGAAGAUUUGGAACCCGACACACGUUACGCCUGCCUGCUGCGUACCUUUGGAGAGGAUAUGACGCACGAUGCCCGCAGUGACUUAACCUAUGUCCAGACAAACAGGGACAUUCCCAAACAGCCACUACUGGAACUGGUAGAAAAGACAGACAGUACGCUUACUGUGCGAAUGGCAAGUCACGAUCACGAUUACUUUCUGCUCUCGUUGUUGGAGUUGAACGAAGACAAGAAAUAUAUAGAGCAGCGAAACUUUUGCCACCAACCAGUCAUGUGGCAGGAUAUGGAAGGAGCCCAGUGGUUGGCUUUCCAGGACUACGACGACUGUUGUGCUUACAAGGCGGAGCAGCAAGAUGAUCAACGAUUUAUUUCCCAAAUGCGGAAUGAAUAUCGUUGCAGCCUCGACAAUCCUCGGCAGUGUCAGAGUCAGAUGGAGGGAACGCAGAUUCGUUUGCCGGCCUAUACCACUGAGUACAAGCUGAAACAACUGCAACGCUACCGCCUCUAUGUCGUCCAGCUGCAGGCCUGUAACGAACUGGGCUGCAGUACUCAUACAGCGCUCCAUGAACGCACCAACUACACCGUGGGAGCGGAUUUACUACCGCAGCUGCACGGAUGCCAUCAUCCAGAGACGCAGAAAUACAUCGUUCGCUUUGAUGAACCGAAACAGCCCAAUGGAAUGGUUCUCUACUAUGUGAUUUACUUCCGGAACCACUACAAGCAGACUCACGUGGGCUGUCUGACUCGCCAGGAUCACACCAGUGCCGGUUAUACAUACGUGCGGCAACUGAACGUCACCUUCCAGGAAUAUGCUGUUCGGGUUUACUCCUUGGCUGGUGAUGUGAUAAAGCCAUAUGUUCCCUUUACUGUUUGCACUGAAGAGGAGCGUCAGCAGGCCCACAGUCGAGCGGCCAAGGAACUGGCCCCGCUGGACAUAGACGAUUCGGUGGCCGUAGCUUCGUCCCACCCUCACGGCGUCAGCAUCUUCCUUAUUUGUUUCCUGUUCGGCUGCAGCGUUUCAAUAGCUUGGGUUCUGUACAAGCGACGUUGCUGGCGAAAGCUGCCCGGACUAAGACGGUACAUUCCAGUACGGGAGCAGUGGCUACGAGAGCGCCACCAGGCGGAGGACCGCGAAAUUCUGGUCGACGGCUUUGAAACCGUUCGCUUCCAGAACAACCUUCAAAGCCCCGAUGGUCAUCCAAUGUAAACUAUAAUAAAUGCGAACUUACCCGUGUGCGCGUACCCUUA